CGAGGACCGUGUACCAGAGCCCGAGAGUCGAGCUGGCCUCAACCCUUCUGCGCUUUUGUCGGCACAGUGUAUUUUCUUGCCCUGUCGAAUGCGACCGUUGCGCCGAAACUGCGGGGCGGCCAGGUUCUUCCUUCUCGGCUCUGAAUUCCAAGUCAACCAGCAGUAUAGCCCUGUUCCCCGCAACGCCCGAUCGGCACCGCAAAAUUUCCGUUUCCGGAUGCUACCAUGUCGGCGGAAUCGAAGAUCUACAAGAAGCGACCACAUCGCAAAGUCAAAAGCGGCUGCACGACGUGUAAAAGGAGGAAAGUCAAGUGCGACGAAGCGAAGCCUCAAUGUUCCAAUUGCGAGCGAUACGCGGCCGAGUGCAUCUAUCCUGCACUGGCGUCGGACAGAGAGCAUGCAUCGGCAUCAUCAUCCACCCCUCCUCUGGACUGGGCUCCCGAUAGCGUAGUGGAUGAGCCUCCUUCUAAGCCUUCGAGUGGAGCUCAAGGGGAUGACCUCCCCAUCCGCGACCUCUCUCUUAUGCACCAGUGGACUAUUGCGACAUGCUACGGUUUCGGCGAUGAGUUCUCGGGAGAUGCAGACCCGUGGCGGGAUGAUAUACCCAAACUUGCGCAACGAUUCCCCUUCCUCAUGAGAGGGAUACUGGCCUUGAGCGCCCUCCACCUGUCUCGCGGCUGCACGGACCCGGGGACAAAGGUUAAAUACAUUCGGUUGGCGGCAUAUCAUCAGGAUUUGGCAUUACCCGAGUAUCGGAACACUAUUAUCGAUGUGACAAGGGACAACGUAGCGGCCGUCCUUGCUUUCUCAGCCAUCAUCACGGUGCACUCCUUUGCAGCGCCAAAAGACCCCGGAAGAUUGUUUGCGGGUGGGCCACCAGAGUGGAUCUUUCUACACAGGGGCGUGGGCGAGAUGCCAGCGCACUGGCAGCCCUGGAUUGAUAGUAGCUUUAUGGCGAAGCAAAUGCAUAGGCGCAGGCUACAGCCCGUGGAUCCAACGCUUAAUCCGGAGGACCAUCGACUCGUGGGCCUACGUGGUAUGCUCACCGACCUACCUCCGGAAGAGUCCAGCGAAGCGUCGGCAUAUGAAGAAGCGCUCUACUGGCUUCGGCAAGCAUUUGCGCACACCCAAAACCCCGAAAGUCGCCUAGGGCCCAAGUAUGGGGUACUCUUCUGGAUCGAGCAGGUGCCACAAAGCUACCUCGAUCUCCUCGGGGUGCAGAAGCCGCGGGCUAUGGUCCUGGUGGCGCACUUGUGCAUACUUUUGAAGAGGGCGUCGGGAUUUUGGUACCUCGAAGGAUUCGCCGAACAUGUCCUAUCCGAGGCGACACCCUACAUCAGCGAGGAGUUUCUGCCCUGGAUUGAGUGGCCGUUGCAGGUUUGCGGGAUUGUAUAAAGCGAGGGCCGGCUCGAUGAAUAGGCACCUUGGACGCAAUCGCGCCUGGGUAUUCCGCGCCUCGUGGGCGGAGACGCUGCGCCGUCCACCGAACGCGCCUUUCAGCCCCUACGUGCGCCGUGGCUGGACUGGGAUUCUAUCUCUUCAAAAAAGCAGCCGGAAGAUCUAGAUUAUUUCU